ACUUACUGGCAUCCCUGCCAGUGUUGCUUUCUUUUUUGAUAUCCGGUACACACAAUUGUUGCUGUUUGAAGAAUAGAAAAUGGCCCCCAGAAAGGCUAAAGUGCAAAAGGAGGAAGUGCAGGUGCAGUUGGGCCCUCAGGUUUGCGAUGGCGAGAAUGUCUUCGGCGUUGCCCACAUCUAUGCCAGUUUCAAUGACACUUUCGUCCAUGUCACCGAUCUUUCGGGACGCGAAACUAUUGCUCGUGUCACCGGCGGCAUGAAGGUGAAGGCUGAUCGUGAUGAGGCUUCCCCCUACGCCGCUAUGUUGGCCGCUCAGGAUGUCGCUGAAAGGUGCAAGGUUCUGGGCAUCACCGCUUUGCACAUUAAAUUGCGUGCAACUGGUGGCAACAAAACAAAGACACCCGGACCCGGUGCUCAAUCGGCGCUGCGUGCUCUGGCUCGUUCAUCGAUGAAGAUUGGUCGCAUUGAGGAUGUCACUCCCAUCCCAUCCGAUUCCACACGCAGGAAGGGCGGUCGCCGUGGUCGUCGUCUGUAAGCAGAAGCGCCUCUCCACAACACAACAACAAACGGCCAAAAUCAUCGAUGCUGUGUCUUUUAUUGUUAUAUGUAAAAUGCAUGCAGCACACACUGUGCUGUUAGCGAUAAAAUGAUGCGCUAAUUACUAAACAAAAAAUAUAUAUAUUAAAAUACA